AUGGAACAGAGUGCGCCUCUCUCUUCCUCCGCUUCUUCCUCCUCUGGUGUGUCGUCUGGGGGGGAGAAGGUGGACGCGACUGGCAAGGCGAGAGCUAACGAGACCGGAGGGCCGUCUCUCGCCUCUGAAGCCGAGAAUAGAGAAAAGGAAGAGACCGGAGAGAAGGAAGCACACGCUUCUGGGAGCGGGGGCUGCGGUGCACACCCCGGCCCCAAAGAGAGUCAAGGCCAGAAAGGAGCUACGCGGCGAGGCGCCGGAGAAUGCUGCCAGCAGGCGAAUGAAGCAUCCCCAGACUUGUCUGUGCGCUCCAGAGAAACGAAAGAAGAAAGAAGAGAGGAACGAGAGACAGAGAGGGAAUUGCAGAAGGAAGAUCUUCACCACGUCGCUGCGCAGCUCGGCGUGGAUCUGCAAACCUCGUCGGGCGGCCUUCUCCAGGUUCUCGAUCGCGAAAGCCUCGCCACAAUGACAGACGAAUCCGUCGUGCAGAGAGUCCUCGACCUUCAGACUCUUCUCACAGAUUUAACGUAUCAGGUGGAAGCUGCACGAAUGUCGAAUUUGUCUCUCCAACGCGAAAACGAGACGCUGCGAACGACGCUCGCCGCGCUGCGGGCUCGGGCCGAACAGGCGCGCGUGGAACGGCCCUACGCCCAAAAUAAAGUUUCGCCUGAUUCCUCUUCAUCCUCUUCUUCCUCUUCCGCCUCUUCGACGGCUCCAACGGGAGCGCAUUUGAGGGAAGUAACGAGGAGUGACGAGACGCACCGGCCAACGCAGCCGAGCAACUCCGGCGCUCUCGCUGCAGCCAAGGCCUUCGCCUUUGCAGAGCAAAAUCCCCUUAUAUAA